AUAUUUUAUCGAUAAAUCCGCGGUCACACUGCAUGUCAGUUUAAAGGAAUUCAAUUUGCCAAAAAUUAAGCACUAGAAAAUAUAUUUUUAACCAAGCAAGAUGCUGACAGACACCGACGAUGACUUCUUCUUCGAGGAGGAUAAAAUACCCGGGCCAGUUCCCUUGCUCAUCCAGUUAGAUGGGGAUGCCGUGAAGAGUUCUCCACGCGAAAAGGAUGUUCUCGAGGAGGAGCCGAGGAACCACCACUCCUCCUCCUCCCCCUCCUCAAUCAACGAGACAACUGUUGUCCUGUGCUCGGGCUUCGGCUCCGACAGGUUUGGCAGCGAGUCGUCCACUAGGCAGAAAAAUGAGUUAGAUCGUUUGGGUAUGACGGUCACCACUAAUGCCGUCGUCAUUACCAAGGAUCAGAGCAACUUGAUUGGCAUCAGCAUUGGCGGUGGAGCACCCAUGUGUCCCUGCCUAUAUAUUGUACAGAUUUUCGAUGGGACGCCCGCCGCACGCGAGGGAUCCCUCCAGUCGGGUGACGAGCUGCUGGCUGUGAAUUCCGUCAGUGUGAAGGGCAAGACGAAAGUGGAGGUGGCCAAAAUGAUACAAACGGCCACCGAUGAGGUGAUCGUACACUAUAACAAACUCCACGCGGAUCCGGAACAGGGUAAAACUCUGGACAUCAUUCUCAAAAAAUUGAAGCAUCGGAUCGUGGACAACAUGUCAAGCAAUACGGCGGAUACUUUGGGACUGUCACGUGCCAUAUUGUGCAACGAUUCGCUGGUCAAGCGGCUGGAGGAGCUGGAGGGCACCGAACUGAUGUACAAGGGUCUGGUCGAGCAUGCCCGCCGUAUGUUGAAGGCCUACUAUGACCUGUUGCAGACGUACAAGUCGUUUGGCGAUUGCUUCACUCAGAUCUCAGCGCACGAGCCGCAACAACGGGCGUCGGAAGCCUUUCGCACCUUUGGCGAGUUCCAUCGGACGCUGGAGAAGGACGGCUUGGGCAUUAUCAAACAGAUCAAGCCAGUCCUGGCCGAUCUUGGGACAUAUCUAAACAAGGCGAUACCGGAUACAAAGCUUACGGUGCGUCGCUAUGCGGAUGCCAAAUUCACAUACCUCUCCUACUGCCUGAAGGUCAAAGAGAUGGACGAUGAGGAGCAUGGCUUCGCCUCGCUCCAGGAGCCGCUCUACCGCGUCGAGACAGGCAACUAUGAGUACCGUCUGAUCCUGCGCUGUCGCAUGGACGCGCGCAGUAAGUUUGCCAAAUUGCGCACAGAUGUCCUCGAGAAAAUGGAGCUGCUAGAGUGCAAGCAUGCCAUGGAUCUGAACAAACAGCUGCGAAGCCUUCUCGAGAGUCUGGCCGAACUGCAUCGAAGCCUGGUGGAGCGCCUGGAAUCCCUGCCGCCGCUCUUCCCCAUCGAGGUGGAUUUCAAGGAAACCGACUUUCAAUACAAGUCCAGCACUCUGAAGCCCCAAGAGCUGGAUGAUGAUGAGAUCGAAGCCAAUGCCAAUCCCAAUGCGCGUCCACCCAAUAUUGAUUGUGGCCUCGAGGCUGUCGAGCAGCCGGCAGCCAUCAUUAAUGUGGAAAUCAAGGAAUCCGUGGAGUCCACUGCUGCGCCAGAAUCAAAUAGCACGGAAAAUGAAACGCUGCUUAAGGAAUUGGGUCUCUACGAUGUGGACCUGCUAUCCAAUCCGCAAACCAUUAGCAACCAAAAAGAUUCCAUUUCGGCCCAAAACGAUGGCUACGACUUUGAUCUGUUUCUGAAUCAGGCCAAUGCAGCCUCCACUAGUCUGGAGCGCGAUUUGAUGUCAUCGAAUGCCGAAGAGAUGGAUCUGCUGUUGCAAUAAGUUCUCUGUAUAGUACAAUUGUGUGUUUAAUAAAUGUGUUUACAAAAAA